CCAACCUCCCCCCCCCCACCCACCCCUCUCCCCUCCAUUCCUUUAUACCCGUACGACAACCGACAAAAAGGAUGGUUCUCCGGCCCGUGCUCAGCUGCGUCCGCGCACCACGAGCUUCCUCCUCCUCCAUCUUCUCCACCAUUACACGACUGGCAAUGCCUCUGCGCGCAAAGAUCUUGCACCCUGCGUUUACGCAGUCUAUGUCUUCGAAAACGACCCCACCCUCGCUGCGAAAGAAUAGCGAUCCCGACGAUGUCCUGGUCGGAAGCACGUACGGAAUGCGCACCAUUGAGCUCAACCGCCCCGCGAAGCACAACUCGCUGAACGAGUCCAUGAUCCGCAAGAUUGUGCCGCGGCUGCAGGAAUGGGAGAAAUCACAGCUGGCAAACCUGAUCGUCAUCAAGGGAGCGGGGGAGAAAGCGUUCUGUGCGGGCGGGGACGUAGCCGCGCUCGCCGAGAAGUGCAUGAAGGGGCCCGAGGGAGUGACCGAGGCGAUCAAGUUCUUCGCGCUCGAGUACCGGCUCAACCACCUGAUCGCGACGUACUCGAAGCCGUAUGUAGCGAUCAUGGACGGCGUGACGAUGGGCGGCGGGGUGGGGCUCAGCGUGCACGCGCCGUUCCGCAUCGCCACGGAACGCACGCUCUUCGCUAUGCCCGAGACAAAAAUCGGCUUCUUCCCGGACGUCGGCGGGUCCUUCUUCCUGCCGCGCCUAGACGGAUACCUGGGUACCUACCUGGCCCUCACCAGCGCCCCGCUGAAGGGCGUCCACACCCUCUACGCCGGCAUCGCAACACACUACCUGCACUCCUCGUCGCUGCCCGACCUCGAGCAGCGCCUCUCUGAGCUCUCCUUCGCCGACAACGCCUCGAUCACGGAGCGCAACAGCAUCGUCAACGCGACAAUCGAGGAGUUCGUGACGGGCCUCCCGCCGAACGAGCCAUUCGUGCUCUCGGGCGACCUCCGCCGGCGCAUCGACCGGUGCUUCAGCCACUCGACCGUGCCAGAGAUCCUGGCGGCGCUCACCGCCGACGGUAGCCCCUGGGCUCUCGAAACCAUCUCCGCCAUCAACGCGCGCUCGCCCACCGCCGUUCACGUCGCUUUACAGCAGAUGCGCGUCGGCCGCGAGUGGACGAUCGAGCACACGUUCCAGCGGGAGUACCACAUCGCGGCACACUUCAUGCGGCACGCGGAUUUCGUCAAUGGGGUAUCCUCACUACUAAUCCGCAAGGACAAGGUUCCGCCCGCGUGGAAUCCCGCCACCGUCGGCGAUGUCAAGCAGGAGGAUGUAAACGCGUUCUUUAAUCCUCCCGUUGGCGCGAGAAAGCUGGAUAUGUUUAAGCAGGGCGCCCCGGAUUUUAAGAAUUACCCGCAUGCGUUUGGACUGCCGAGUGAGGAGGGGCUGGGCAGGAUGGUUAAGAGGGGACGCUACACGCUCAGGGAACUCGUCGAUAAGGUCGUCGAUGAGUGGGAUGGCAAGGAGGGAGUCAAGCAGAAGGUCGUCGAUGUUGUCGAGAGACGCUGUGGAAAGGACGUCAAUGGGUAUCUCACGUGGGAUGGGAGGGAGGAUUAGUGGGGGAGGGCACGGGGUGGCCGGUGACGAGUGAUCCAGAGUGCUUAGCUCUGCGCACAUGUACAGUAAAAUAUG